AUGUAUCCGUCAAUGCCACAGGUAUGGCGAUCCAUUGCACGCCCCUGUCGCUUUGUCGCUCGUCGUCGCCAUCCUGCACCCGCGCGACAAUUUCACCUCUCGCGCCAAUGGCUCUCCGUGCCGUCCAAUGACCCCCAAAAUGGAUCCACGCCGCCUACCGAUAUAGGAGAUGUGGUGGAUAGCCGUCAGUCGCCUAAUGCCAGCGAGAAUGCUGCGAACCCUGAUUCCCCUCCGGCCGCUGUCGAACAAACGGGAAAGCCCGUCUCGAGACCAUACGGAUCCGCCGUUCGGAGAGCCAUGAGAAACAGACAAUCCGAGCAGCAACAACAACAAAAAGGAACAACGGUUGCGACAAUUCCUAGCUGGUUUCAUGAGCGGAACAUAGUCACCCAUGGCACUGAGGGACGUCCUGAUGCUGCGUGGUUCCCGUCCCAGGUUGAGGUCAAAACAUCGAAGCAGGAGUCAAAGACGGACAGCACAACCCAAGCACAGUCGGCAUCUGGUGGUGAUGGGGAGGACCCAUCUACCACAGGCGAUUCAUCUGAAUUGGAGACUCGAUAUGCCGUGGCAGAUGCACUAUGGGAUGAAUUGCGCGCGUCAGUCAAAGCGGGUCUUAGACUGCCGCCCACGCAAUACGCAGGAGAACCACCAGCCAAAAAGUCACAUCUGGUCCUUCAAUAUCCUGGACCCGACGGUAUCUUAUUCUUGGAUGCGGUGGUUCAACGACUCGCCCACGAGCUGAAUGCCGACCUUGUUACCCUCAAUGCCCAGGAUUUGGCCCAGCUACUCAGUGAGCAGGAUCUUGCAGAGGCUGGCGCGACCUCCGCGGUCCGAUCUCUUGGUUAUGAAGUCCACCGGCCUCCAGUCACUGCCUGGCCCGAGCCCAAUGAGGGCGAAGGAGAGGGAGAUGAUGACAUAGCGGAGAUUGCUGGUGCCCAUGGGGUGCGCCCCGAAGUCAGUACCCCUCGGUUCAUCACCAUUGAGGCCAGCAGAGAUUCAGGUGAUAUUCCGCUGCCAAACUGGCUAGGGCUGAAGUCUCUUGUAGCAUCUAUCAACGGCCAGUCGGAUCAAGAGCCAGGUAUGAUGCGAGGCUCCGGCCAGCGCCUAGAGGCACGAUGGGUUCGCCUUCUCAACGAGGUCCUUUCCUCUGCCGUCCAGCCAACCCAAUCAGCUCAGCCAGACGCCAAAGAUUCGGAGGAGUCUUCUACGGCUGAGACUGACGCCAACAAAUCUGUCUUAUCGCGCGAUACCAUCGUCCAUAUACAAGAUUAUCGCGAUAUCCAGAGCUCGAGGGAAGGUUCAAGGGUAAUUUCCCUCCUGCAGAAGGUUAUUCAAGAUCAACGACGCGCAGGUUCAAGGGUACUCCUGAUCGGUAGUACAUCCCAAGACCUCCAUCAUUCCGCUUCGCAAGAUGGCUCAAGGAUAUUGCAAAAUGUCCUUGACGAUAACUUCUCCAAAACCCUCGUAAUAACCCCGGCGAUGGAGUCCAAGGCCGUCGAGAAAACAUUUGCAGAGGACCAAAAGAACCGGACAAUGGAUAUCAAUAUUCGCCAUCUUCAAAACAUGCUACGCUUCCGUGUCAGUGAAACAUCAUCUGCCGUGAAGGAUGACAUCUUUGGAGAUCGGGCUUGGCCGCUAGACGCGCUCACCAUCAAGCAAUCCGGCAUCAGAGAUCGCUUUUGGUCCUAUAACCAGGUGCACUGGGUCGCGACUCUUGCUCUUGGUAGCGCUGAGCCCAACGAGCCCCUCAGCUUUGAGCACAUCAGACGUGGAAUUGAACUCAUGGAUCGAGGAGAUCGAGUCACCAGCGAUUGGUUGCAGGGGAAAUCCCCCAAGAAAACAGAGCCCAGCCGUGGGCAGAGCCGAGAGCAGCUGCUAGCCUCCCUGCGCAAGACCUGCAAUUCUCACGAGAAGAAGUUGCUCAACGGCGUCGUGGAUGCAAAGAGCCUCCGCACCACGUUCGCAGACGUGCAUGUGCCACCCGAGACUGUCGACGCUCUCAAGACCCUGACGUCUCUAUCACUUAUUCGCCCCGAGGCGUUCACGUACGGUGUCUUGGCCACUGAUAAAAUUCCCGGCCUCCUGCUUUACGGUCCUCCCGGUACUGGCAAGACACUUCUGGCCAAGGCUGUCGCUCGCGAGAGCGGUGCGACUGUGCUCGAGGUGAGCGGUUCCGAAGUAUACGACAUGUACGUUGGCGAAGGCGAGAAGAAUGUGAAGGCCAUUUUCACCCUCGCGAAGAAGCUGAGCCCAUGCGUUGUGUUUAUCGACGAGGCGGACGCUAUCUUCUGCUCACGCACCGGCGCAAGCAACCGCACUUCUCACCGCGAACUCAUCAAUCAGUUCCUACGCGAAUGGGAUGGAAUGAACGACAUGUCUGCCUUUAUCAUGGUAGCCACCAAUCGACCCUUUGACCUGGACGACGCCGUUCUGCGCCGUCUCCCCCGGAGACUACUCGUGGACCUUCCAACCGAGGAAGACCGCCUGGCCAUAUUAAAGAUCCACCUCAAGGGCGAACAACUCGACCCCGCGGUCGAUCUGGCCGAACUGGCUCGUCGAACCCCACUAUACUCCGGCUCCGACCUGAAGAACUUAUCAGUCGCUGCCGCACUGGCCUGCGUACGUGAGGAAAACCAAGCUGCAGCACAGCACCAGGGCGAUGAACCUUACGAGUACCCAGCCCGUCGUACUCUGACUCGCGCUCACUUCGACCGAGGAAUGGAAGAGAUCAGUGCGUCGAUCAGCGAGGACAUGUCCUCUCUGUCUGCGAUUCGCAAGUUCGACGAACAAUACGGUGAUCGCAAGGGUCGGCGUCAGAAGAGUCCUGGGUGGGGCUUCAUUGCGCCUUCCACUCAAGAGUCUACGGCUGAUACCGCACGCGUCCGCACAUGA